AUGGCGCGUGCGGGGGUCUGGAUGCUGGUGGUCGGCGUCCUGCUGGCGUUGGGGCCUGGCCGGGCCGCAGGUGCCCUGAGGGCGAACAGACGCCCGGCGCGGCCACGGGGCUGCGCCGACCGGCCCGAGGAGCUCCUGGAGCAGCUGUACGGGCGGCUGGCGGCGGGCGUGCUCGGCGCCUUCCACCACACGCUGCAGCUGGGGCCGCGCGAGCAAGCGCGUAACGCGAGCUGCCCGGCAGGGGGCAGGCCGGGCGACCGGCGCUUCCGGCCGCCCACCAACCUGCGCAGCGUGUCGCCGUGGGCCUACAGAAUUUCCUACGACCCUGCCAGGUACCCGAAGUACCUGCCCGAGGCCUACUGCCUGUGCAGGGGCUGCCUGACCGGGCUGUUCGGCGAGGAGGACCUGCGUUUCCGGAGCGCCCCGGUGUACGUGCCUACUGUCAUCCUGCGGCGGACCUCGGCGUGCGCAGGCGGCCGCUCCGUGUACGCCGAGGAAUACGUCACCGUGCCGGUGGGCUGCACGUGCGUCCCCGAGCAGGACAAGGAAGCGGACAGCAUCAACUCCAGCAUGGACAAGCAGGGCGCCAAGCUCCUGCUCAGCCCCAGCGACAAGCCAGGCCGGCCCUGAGGCGCUGCUGCCCCUCUCUUGGAGCGCGGGCUGCUUCAGCCGCCUCCCCCGAGCGGACUCGAGGACGGAGAGGAGUCCAUGAAACACAGCCGAACUGCAGAGGUCUUCCGACCUGACUGCUUGACGGCUUGCUCUCACUCAGCAUCACCUGGUUUUCUUCUAGGCAAAGGCAUGGGGCUGGUGAAGGCUGCCGGCAAGUUACCGGGUACACGGCCGCAGGUAGGGAGCGUAGCACCAGGGCCUUCCGCAUGUAGCCGGAGCCUGGUGUGUGGCGAAGUGGCUUCGGGGCCCUCCCUCCGUAGUCCUCUCUCCGUAGUCCUCCCUCCGUGGUCCUCAGUGCUCAGACCCUUCCCCCUGCCCCGCUACAGUGCCAUGCUUUUAGGACGCUCUCAGAAGAGGUGCCAGCCUCUACAGAUAGAUGGGUAGAUGGGUGCUUCUAAAAGAAAUCUUUUUUUUUUUUUUUAAGUAGAAUAUAUACCUACUUUUUUUUUGUUCAAUGUUUUCAAUGACGCAGAAACUAUUUUUAUAUUAGGAAUUUUGCGUAUAUUAAAAUUUUUUUUACUUGACAUAUAAGUAUUUUAUAACCAUUCUGUUCUCCCUUUCCUCCUCUGGCAAGGUUUUUUAGAAGCACAACUGGAAUCCUCAGAUAAACUUUUUAGUGGGUACUGGGGCCUGAGUCCCUGAAUUCAGCCUGUCACCAGUUGCUGACCGUAACAAAACUGGGCUGAAUGUGACCUUCAGUAAAGAUCUUCACAGGCUGCUACAUGAGUAAAAUGGAACUGCAGGAGGCUUAGCUCACCCCAGACUGGCCAGGGAUUCCAGAAACCUCAAAUGUGGUUUGUUCAUGACUCUAUAAAGGGCCACAGAUGUAUAUAAUUAAACUUUUUUUUCACUUUUGAAAGUAAGUGGGACCAAAUAAGAUGUGGUGGAUAAGGCUAGAGGUGGAAUGUGCUAUCUCUGCCAAUUCUCAGUAGAGUCCAAGUUUCAGCUUAGUUUUAAGGGCUUCAAGAACUAGCCACAUGAGAAGCCAGCCAGCUUAUGAUGUCCAGAAAUCAGUAUCAGGGGCCUCUUUAUUUACAUCCUGCAAUGCGAGCUAAAACCAUACUCCCUUCUGUAGGCUGAAAGUUUGUCCAUGAACACAAUUAUUUGUAAAAGUGAGAAGUUCUUUUUAAACCAUUCAAGCAAUUGUAGGUGAAGGGCACGUUGGCGGUGUGCAUUUCUCUCUGGACUCGGCUUUGAUGGACUUGACUUAUUUUUAGAGGAAACUAUCUUAGUUUUCACUUUAUCUUAAUUUUAUGGUUGAAGUUUAAAUUAAGAUCUGAUUUGGUCUUUGAAAGAUCAACUACUCCUGUAAGUCAGUGUCUCUUCCCCAACCCCAACCAAGCCAAGAAGUGUCCCUUUUUUAUAUGUUUCGGUUUUUUUUUUUUUUUAAGAUUUUUUUUUUUUUAAUUGAGG